GCUUUUAUUACUGUAACCUUCGUUAAGGCUCCACAGACGUACGGGUUGAUGUCGUUUGCCCUCCUAAAAAAGGCCUUCGGUAUUGGGAAAGCAAUCGACGACCGGGAGUUUGACGAAUUUCUUAAGGCAGUUGACGUCAAUGAUGUCCAUGUCGGGCAAUUGAGUAAAUUAUUGAGAAAAAAAGCAGUCCGGUUGUUUGUCCUAAAAAAUGAGGACUCAGGUGUCAUAUUUGAUUCUUCAGCGCUAAAGGAUCCUGUGAAAUCCACUCCAACCAUUAAUGUUGGUCGUCAACAGUUGAAUCUUAGUGAUAUGGCGUUUGGGUCUUAUUCAUUGAAUAACAGAAAACCGCUCUUGCAUUCAAUGAAAAUUCAUGAUAUGAGUUCCAUUGGACAGGUUCUGUUUACUCGAGUUUUUCAUGAAUUUGACGAGUGGCGAAAGCUGUAUCCGAAAAGUGAACACAACCAGGGGAUCAAGCAGGAAACGUGUGUUGGAAACCCUGAGUUGUUAAAGAAACAAAACUUAAAAAGUUACAAAACCUUGGCAGUUUGCCUACUCAUCAAUUUGGAGUGGUGUUCACCUACUAGUGGGUCGUGUCCCAACAAAGCAUGUUCACAAAAGCCACAUAGCCGUCGGAAUUUCUAUCAUCUAUUCAACACUGAUGUUUCCCACCACAACCAACUAGUUCCUCAGUCGUCCGCGGAUACUAGCUUAAAAAUAUCGGCUUUUACCGCGAGACGUUUUUACAAUAUGCUCUUUGAACACUGGGUUCAGCUGAGCCUAAUAAUAGAGACAUUGUCGAAUGAAUGUGCAAUAGCCGUAUGCAGCAGUGCUAAGAACUAUUGGGGCACGCACAAACUUGUUCCAGAGGCACACUGUACAGAAACCAUUGCAAAAGCUUUCAGCAACUUUCUGAAUUAUUUCCGAGAUCUAUGUCUGCCCAAAUUAUAUUUUCCGAUCUGGCCUACGUUAAAUGUCACAUUAUCUACCGAUUUUGAUUCAUUAUCACCCUGCUCUGAUCGAUCACGUGCUGAUUGUGUUGCUUAUUGGCUUAAUAUGGACCCUAGUUAUUCUCAGUCAAUGAUUGUCGAUUCUAACCAAGUCUCCAAAGAUAGUCUACUCGAUGUGUUUGUGAGAUCCUGUCUGGCACCUUUAAUUAUUAAGGGUAAUAGUAAAGAACAUCGUAGCUUUCUUGCUCGGUUGAUUACUGGUAUUCUUAUGUUCCAUACUGGCUGGAUUGAUGGUUCAGGAUCACGUUCAAAUCCGGGGGUCAGUUGUGGGAAUUCAUCAAUAUCUAAUAAACAGAAUGUGCCCGUCAGUUUAUUGGAUCAGUUACUUACACAAACAGGUUUCAAAACCAUAGGAACAGAUUCAGUAUCAUUCGGAAGUAUAUUUAACUGCACUGUAAUUUCUGGCCAGUCUCGUGCUUAUUUAAUGGCUCUUCUUCACUUCGCUACGUAUUUCUUGAGAUUCAUGUGCUUGAUUCACACACAGGAAUGCCUCCCAGAACUUGGACCAGCUGAUCUGUUUGAAUUAGAACAACAGAAACGGCGGACUCGUCUAGGUGCUAAAUCACGUCGUAAAUCUGGAUCGGCAACUAGUAGUAACUCAACUGGUCACAGUGGUGAUGCACAUGAUUCUGGUAUCAGUUCCCAGGAAGAUUUGACUUCUGCAUUUUAUUCAGCGAGCACUGGAUCAUCUCCUACACACGUUUCUGGUAUGGCGUUGUGUAUGACACAUCGACUAACUCGUGACCAAUGUCGAAUGGCUGAAGUAGCUGCUCACUUUAUGGUUACUCGAGAGGCUGCUGCAGCAGCAGCGGCGGCAGCAGCGUCCGGUCCAAUUAAUUCUCAAACUUCUGUUAGCACAACACGUUCAACUGACACGUCAUCGGGAUUAGUAGACGGUAGCAGUGCUGCUAAUAAACCAUGUCCAUCUUAUAACUCACCUCGUUCUUAUCGAUCUCGGUAUACUGAAGUUCCUUUGCUGAUAGAAAAAUUUUUUGAUGGUGAUGAAGAGUUGUGUAGUUGUUUACCGAUUGAAGUUAUUCCGGGCUCAGGUAAUCAUCCUAGUUCUUUGACGUUACCACUAGGAAGGAGCAGCAGUCCAACUUCACCGUGUAAUACGUUAGAUAAUUUUAAAACUCAUUGUUUACCAAUCUAUCCACAGUUUGCAGACCGUUCAUCAAAGCAUUUGUGUUCACCGCAGUCACGUGAUCACGAGGUUCCAUUUUCAUCCUCAUCAAGAGUAGGGGAUGGAUCUAAUGUCUUCAAUAUUGAUAAUAUGUCACCAUCGUCAUCGAUUUAUCAUACCGAAGAAGAAAUACCACAUGCUGUCAAUCCAGUUCAUCAUUCUCCAUUGCCAACACUUGCAAAUCAUUCACUAAUCUCCGGUACUGUCACUGAUAUAUACCAUAGUGGUCAUGUGUUACAAGCAACUGUUGAACACCCUGAAAGUUUCAAAUCACGCUUAGAAGAAAAUUUACUUCAGUGGAUUACUUAUGGCCCAGCUAUUAUUAACGAUUUAAAUGACUUAUCAGUCUAUAGUAAUAACUCCAAUAAUAAUACUAGACCAGAGGAAUCAUUAUUAUCGUCCACCCAAUUGAAUCCAUCAAUUAAAUCUAGUCUUUCAUAUCCGAAAUCAAGAGAUUGUCAACUGAAACCACUUAAAUGGUCUGCUACAAGUUUAUUGAUUAAUUGCGAUGCUAAGAGUGUCGAGGCCCUAACGCUUAUUCAGUCCAAAUCUACAGAUUCAAUUUCAAGCAAGGAAUCAGAUGAUGCAAAUCUGAAAUUAAGUCAUCAUUGUACUAUUAGCGCUGGAAGUAGUAGUGGUACACACGUUGGUCGAGAUCGUGUAAAAUUAAAGUUGGAUGAGACAGAACGCUUUGAACAACAAUCAGUUCUAACGACACCACAGUGUAAACUUGGGUCAUGUAUUACUCGGCGUAUUAUACCAAUUAAACCUGCUCCUUUGGUGUUUCGUCUUAUCGAACAAAUCCAUAUGGUGUUAGAUGCAACAAACUGUUCACUGAUGACUCUGAAACAUCUGGAGGGUAAUCUGCAAUUGAUUUAUCUUAAAAGUUCAAUACUGACAAAUUUGUUAGUUAAAGAAGGCUCAAAUACGCUUCACCGAGUUGAUCGGAUGACCAUUGCUGCAGGUUGCUUGCCAGAAGAUCUACCUUUAUUGCUGUCCAUUGCAUCAUCUUGUUCUGCACAAGUUGCGAAUAUCUUACAUUCUAGUCAUUUCGACUGGUUUAAUUUAGGAUGAUGCACUUCAUAAUAAACUUUUUUUGGAGUAAUUAGUCACAAUUGAUUAUCACUUAUUCAGUUUUCCUUCAGUAUAAAAUAUCAUUAAUCAGGAAUCGUUAAUUUUGUAAUCAUGUUACGGUCAUAUAAUUUGAUUCUCUAUAUUGAAAACAUACUCUAACAUAAAUGACAGACUUUUAGAUGCCCAUCAUUCUUUUUGAUUGAUCAUUUAAUUAUAUUGUGUAAAUUAUUAAGUUCGUAUUACUACUUCUUUUUUUGUUGAUAGCACUCCCUUGUACAAAUCCCUUUUUUCCUUUAAUAAUUCAUUAUUGUGAAUUUGUCUGUUUUUGAUGGAAGAAUGAUGUUUAUAUAUAUGUGUUUGUCUGUGCAUAAUUCAGAUUUUCUACAGAAAUUUUCAAAAAUCGAUUAUUAUUAUUAUUAUCAUUAGUAUUAUUAAAAAUUCCUUUAGUUAAAAACUCCAGAAAUUACGAACAAUUUGUUGGGAAAUUUCACUGUAAUAAAUGUUUUGUGAAGCGGGACACGGAAAAUCAAGAUUCUCCGAUAUAACAGCAUGCAACAAUCGAAUCACACUUGACGGGGAAGAUUUGAAAGAUGCAAAAACCUUUACAUAUUGGGGCAGCAUCAUUGGUGAAUGCGGUGGAUCUGAUGCAGAUGUGAAGGCGCGGAUCGGAAAAGCAAGAGCAGCAUAUUUACAACUGAACAACAUCUGGAACUCAAAGCAACUGUCAACCAACACCAAGGUCAGGAUUUUCAAUACAAAUGUCAAGACCGUUCUACUGUAUGGGGCGAAAACCUGGAGAACUACGAAAGCCAUCAUCCGGAAGAUACAAGUAUGUAUUAACAGUUGUGUACGCGAAAUAUUUCGGAUCCAUUGGCCGGACACUAUCAACAACAACCUAUUUUUGGAGAAAGCAAAUCAUAUCCUGGCGGAGGAAGAAAUCAGGUAGAGGCCCUGGAAGUAUAUAGGACACACACUGAGUAGAGCACCCAACUGCGUCACAAGACAAGCCCUCCCAUGGAAUCCUCAAGGUCACAGGUGGAGAUAGGGAAUGGCAAAGAAGACAAUACUUCGAGAAAUCGACACAGACAUGAGAAAAACGAACAAAAAUUGGAUGGGACUAGUAAAUAAGUCCCAUGAAAUACUGGGUUGGAGGAUGAAGGUCAGCAGCCCAUGAUCCAUUGGGAGUAACAGGCGAAAGUAAGUAACAAAAGGGCGGUAAAUCCGGUAACCUAUACAAUGCGCAAAGUAUUUGUCCGUAGGAUUAGUAGGAAUGACAUUAUUUUGAGGACUGGAACGUUUUACUAACGGCGAUCGAGAGUGAAUUCAUAAACUCCGAAUAGAAAUACCCUGGUACGGUUGAGGGUGGGGGAGUCCGCCCUAACAUGGUCGCACGUAUACAGCCACUCACGGGGAAGUCCUACUCACUGACACCUCACGGCGGGGGUAUUGUUUAC